AACAACUUAAUAUAAAUGCCACCACAAUUAUUAUGAUUGUUAAUAAAAAAAUAUUGAUUAAUAAUUUAACAAAUCAAUUAGUUGCACACUCAUGAAUUUUGUUCAAACAAAAAUACUUUUUUUCAAUAAAACCCAAACACUUUUUUUAAAAUUUACUUAUAAUUCAUAUCAUACAGUUUUUUUUUAAAUACCACAUUAUUAUAACCUGACAAUAAAUAUCUGUCAAUUACAGACAUCGUUUGUGUAUCGUGUGAUUGAAAAAAAAAAGAAAAAAGUAAUGAACAGUAAAAUAUGGCCUCGGCUGCAAUGCCUCCAGCAGAAGAUGACGAGUUGACGUUACCACGAGCAUCAAUAAACAAAAUGAUAAAAGAAAUUUUACCUCACGUCAGAGUGGCAAAUGAAUCACGUGAAUUAAUUCUCAAUUGUUGUACGGAAUUUAUUCACUUAUUGUCAUCGGAAGCAAAUGAAAUUUGCAAUCAGCAACAGAAGAAAACAAUAAAUGCUGAACAUGUACUCCAAGCACUCGAAAAGCUGGGCUUUGGUGAUUACGUUGGUGAAGCUGAAUCUGUACUAAGAGAUUGUAAAGCAGUGGCUGCUAAAAGAAGACGUCAAAGUACAAGAUUAGAAAAUUUGGGUAUACCGGAAGAAGAAUUACUACGUCAGCAACAAGAACUUUUUGCUAAAGCGAGAGAAGAACAAGCUAUUGCUGAACAACAGCAAUGGCAACAGUUACAAGCUGGAGUUGCUCAAAUGGCCUCAAUGCAACAAGUUGAUAGUGAACAGGAAGAUUAUUCUUAAGUUUUAAUGAGUAUAACUUAUAUAUUUUUUUUUUACAUAAAAAAGUAGUUAUAUAAAUAAAUAAUACAUAGUAAUAAAAUUAGGUCUAUCGUAAAUAAGCUCUAGGAUUUUUGUCAGCAGGUAUACGACUCAGUUAUAAGCGACUCUACCAAAAAUAAAACUCUACCGUCAAAGUCUGCCGCAACAUGUCUACCUAAAAAAUUUCCUCCAAUAAAAUAUCUACCAUCUUAAAAUCUCUACCAAUGAAAAAGUCUACCAGGAUAAAAUCAUUAUCAGAAAAAAACUCCCAAGUUGCAUUUAUAAAUAAACUACCAUUUGAAAUUCCGACCAUCAACUUACGGAUGUAUAUUUAACAGACAAAAAAUUUAUAUGAGUGCAAAUGUAGCAGACAUACGACAAUUUUUUUAUUACAUUUAAAAAAAUUAAAUUAUUAAAACAAUUUUUAAAAAAAUGCAUGUACUGAAUUUUAAAUUUUCUAAACAUGAAUUUUUUUAUUUUUAGUUUAUAAACAUUUGAUUUAUUAUUUAAGUUUUAAAAAUUGUCAGAUGUCCGCUAACUUUACUGUCAUAAAAUUUAUUUGUAAUUAAUUGGGAAUCAUUUGGAAAAAUUUCGGAGUAUGAUUUUAUUAUUAAGGACUAAUUAAUUUGGCAGCACGACUUGUAGUUUGCAGAUAAAAUAUCCCCGACAAAAUAUCCGCGAUGAAAUAUCCGAAUACAAGUCAUCUGAUAGACAAAAUAUCCCCGGACUAAAUAUUCAAAAAACAAAAAAUUCAUGACAAAAUAUCCUGUCGAUAAAUCUUAUUCAGAAAAAUAUAUUUAAAGUCAAAAAAUAAUUAAUGGUUUUCGAUUAACGGGUACCGUACCAUUCCAAGCAUAUGUGUUGAUCUAUUUUUAAUAUUACACACUCAAAUUUUAUGUGCAAAUGUAUUAAUCAUUUCUGAUGAAAGGGUACCGUACUAUUUAUAUGAAAAGUAUUUAUAUUAUAAGAUAUUUUGUUUAUCGGAUAAAAUGUAUUCGGAUAUUUUGUCUUCGGAUAAUAAGUGACGGUACCAUUUAAUUAAUGAGUAAUUAGCAUUUGGGAUACUAAAGCUAAAACAAUUUAUAACUUUUUUCCCAAAUAGUUUACUAUCAACAGACAAAAACCUGUGAUCAUUUUAUUUUCUAACAUGUUUACUAUCCGCUCAAAAAAAUUAAAUAAUUACUCAUUAAUUAAUUAGUCCUAAAUAAUUAAAUCAUAUUCCUAAAUUUUCCCAAAAGAUUCUCAAUUAAUUUAAAAUAAAUUUUUGUCUUAAAUAGACAUCCGUAAGUUGAUGGUAGGAAUUUCAAAUAGUAGAGUUUAUUCAUAAAUACAACUCGGUAGUGAUUAUAUUCGUAGAUUUUUUUAUUCGUAGAGAUUUCAAGAUGGUAGAUAUUUUAUUGGAGGAAAUUUUUAGGUAGACAUGUCGCGGCAGACUUUGACUGGGUAUAGUUUUAUUUUUGGUAGAGUCGCUUAUGGCUGAGUUAUAUAUCUGCCUAUUUGUCAAUACUAAAAUAUCUGUUAUUAUAAAUGUAGUUAAAGCCAAUGUGCCUAUGAUUUAUUUUAUAUCUUACAAUGAUAAGCAAUAUUUAUAAAUUAUCAUCUUAGGGAAGUAAUCUUCCGUAUUCUGAGGAUAGAUGACUUUUUUUUAUGGCAUCCACAACUUUAGAAGCAUAAUGAUACCUAGAAAUAUAUAAUUAUUAUAUAGAAAAAAUAAAUAAAUAAAUAAGGUAUAA